AUGGAAUCGCAUAGCCUUUUGGCUCUCCUACUGUUGGGCCUUUGCUCCACGAUCGGCGCUUCGUUACUGAAUUGUAAUUGUCCGCCUGGUCCUCGGGGACCGCCUGGUCCGACGGGUCCUCCAGGUCUGUCGGGCCUUUCACGUAGAGCUGAAUUCAUUCCUAGUAUUUGGGGAUAUCCACCUGUACCUGGUCCAAUAGCUCCCAUCAUGGCCGGACUCGGACCUGAUACAUUCGGUCAGAGCAUUUCCACAUCCAUUGGCAAUCUUAUUAUUAUACCAUCGAACCUCAAUGGACGUGCUCAGCUAUUCCGCAUCACACCUGAUGGCAAUUUGAUACGCGUCGAAAAUUCAAAGAACGAACUCAACGAGAUUCUACCGCCCAAUUUCCAAGAUCUACUUACGCAACAGGGAGCAGUGCCCACAGCCGACCCAACGGCAGUAAUAACACCACCAACGCCAGAUGAUCAGCCCGAGGAAUUGGAUGAGUCAAUGUUUGCAACAGCUGGUCAGAGUGUGGAACGUAAGGAAUUACUGCGCGCCAGCUCCGAUGCCAACGAUUGGCGUCGUGUCCUGCUGCUGGGAGAGAAACCCGCAGUCAGCGCUGGCAACGCUGAGCCCAGCUCCACCAGUCAGCUGGAGAGCAGCAUGGAUAGCUUUCAGCGUGCGCUGGUCGAUCUGAAAGAUAAGUAUGCCUCCCUGAUACAGCCGAAAGCCGGCGAUCAGCGCUAUGCCGUUAUUCUAUAG